CACCGCCGGAAGUGGUGGAGUGCGGCGGCCGGAGGACGUGGGUGAGGAAGCUCGAAGUUCCUUUCUGGUGGUACUAGGGCUUUCGCCGGAGUAGUGUAUCGUGACGGUGAGGCCUUUGCGGACUUCGGCGCGGUCUGCACCGGCGACUCUCAGCACCUGGCGGGAAAAAGCCGACCUCCGGUAUGCGCUCCAGUGCCAGAGAAUAACAGAGGAUCAACAUGUUGUCCAACUUGAGGAAAUUUGUAGUCAGUCAUAAGAAAAUACCCAUCCUGCACGUUAAUAAUAUGUGUUGCUCUAAAAUGAGAUCAAGUUUACAAAGACUAAAGCCACAUGUGCCUCUUGGAAGAAACUACAGUUCUCUACCAGGUUUGAUAGGAAAUGAUAUCAAAUCCCUUCAUUCUGUCAUCAAUCCUCCCAUAGCUAAAAUCCGAAAUAUUGGAAUUAUGGCUCAUAUUGAUGCAGGCAAAACUACCACCACAGAAAGAAUAUUGUACUAUUCUGGAUACACAAGAUCGCUGGGAGAUGUUGAUGAUGGAGAUACAGUGACAGAUUUCAUGGCUCAAGAGCGAGAAAGGGGCAUUACUAUUCAGUCUGCUGCUGUUACGUUUGAUUGGAAGGGAUAUAGAGUCAAUUUAAUUGAUACACCAGGUCAUGUAGACUUUACCUUGGAGGUUGAGCGCUGCCUUAGAGUGUUGGAUGGUGCAGUAGCUGUGUUUGAUGCCUCUGCUGGUGUAGAGGCCCAGACUCUCACAGUAUGGAGGCAAGCUGAUAAACACAAGAUACCUCGAAUCUGUUUUUUAAACAAAAUGGACAAAACUGGAGCAAGUUUUAAAUAUGCGGUUGAAAGCAUCAGAGAGAAGUUGAAGGCAAAGCCAUUACUUUUACAGUUACCACUUGGUGAAGGCAAAGCUUUCAAAGGAGUUGUGGAUGUAGUAAAUAAAGAAAAACUUCUUUGGAAUCCUAAUUCAGAUGAUGGAAAAGACUUCGUGAGGAAUCCCCUUUUGGAAAUGAGUGAUCCUGAGUUGCUUAAGGAGACAACUGAAGCAAGGAAUGCCUUAAUUGAACAGGUUGCAGAUUUAGAUGAUGAAUUUGCUGACUUGGUUUUAGGAGAAUUUAGUGAAAAUUUUGAUUUGCUACCAGCUGAAAAGCUCCAGACUGCAAUUCGCAGAGUAACACUGGCUCAGACAGCAGUGCCUGUGCUUUGUGGAAGUGCCCUGAAAAACAAAGGUGUCCAGCCCUUGUUGGAUGCUGUUACUGUGUACUUGCCUUCACCUGAAGAGCGCAACUAUGAAUUUCUGCCGUGGUAUAAGGGUGACUUAUGUGCACUGGCAUUUAAAGUUCUUCAUGACAAGCAGCGAGGACCACUGGUGUUUAUGCGCAUUUACUCAGGCAUGAUAAAACCCCAAUUGGCCAUCUAUAAUAUUAAUGGAAACUGCACGGAGAGAAUAAGUCGUCUUCUUUUGCCAUUUGCUGACCAACAUAUAGAAAUCCCUUCACUGACUGCUGGUAACAUUGCUUUGACUGUUGGCCUUAAACACACCGCCACAGGAGACACCAUUGCCUCAUCCAAGUCCAGUGCAUUAGCUGCAGCUCGUCGAGCCGAAACAGAAGGAGGAAAAAAACAUAGACGGAACAAUGAAGCCGAAAGACUUCUUCUGGCUGGAGUGGAGAUUCCAGAACCUGUUUUCUUCUGUACCAUAGAACCCCCUUCGGUGGCUAAGCAGCCAGAUUUGGAUUAUGCAUUGAAAUGCCUUCAACGUGAAGAUCCCAGUUUGAAAGUGAAGCUAGAUGCUGAUUCUGGACAGACUGUCUUAUGUGGUAUGGGGGAGUUACAUAUUGAGAUUAUUCGUGACCGAAUCAAGAGAGAAUAUGGAUUGGAAACCUAUCUAGGGCCUCUCCAGGUGGCAUACCGAGAGACUAUUCUAAAUGCAGUUCGUGCCACAGAUACCUUAGAUAGAACAUUAGGAGACAAACGGCAUCUUGUGACUGUAGAACUGGAAGUAAAACCAGUUGAAACAGCCUCUGUUAUGCCAGUUAUCGAGUAUGCUGGAAGUGUUAGUGAAGACCUUCCGACGGCUUCCCAAGAGGCCAUUGAAAAUGGGAUUCACAGUGCAUGCCUCCAAGGACCAUUGCUUGGAUCCCCAGUCCAAGAUGUGGCAGUUGCUGUACAUUCACUGAUAAUUCAUCCUGGUACCUCCACAACUAUGAUUUCUGCCUGUGUCUCCAGAUGCAUACAAAAGGCUCUGAAGAAGGCUGAUAAGCAAGUUUUAGAGCCCCUGAUGAAGCUCGAGGUUACAGUCACUAGAGAUUACCUCAGCCUUGUCCUGGCAGAUCUGGCACAAAGAAGAGGGACCAUUCAGGAAAUCCAGACUCGUCAGGAAAACAAAAUUAUUACUGGAUUUGUUCCCCUAGCAGAAAUUAUGGGUUAUUCAACUGUGCUUCGAACGCUAACAUCAGGCUCAGCUACUUUUGCCUUAGAACUAUCUAAUUAUGAAGCCAUGAAUCCUCAAGACCAAACUGUACUGCUCGGCCGGCGAAGAGGCUUGACCCAAGUACUUUGAGACUCCGGAGCCCCUAUCAACUGCAGUUUCAAAAACAAAGUUAACCAUCCUGGACUUGGUAAUGUCCUAACUUUCAAAAUGCCGUACCUGACCAUUCUGCAGCGGUGAACUGUCAGUCUGUUGUAGGCAUCCCCUACACUUGUGAUGUCUUCUGGACUCCAGAGUCUUUCACCAACGGCACUUGCCCGAGGCCUGUAAGUUAAAUCACAUGUCCCCCAAAGCAGUUUAAAUUUAUGUGUUCUGAAAUUUCUAGUACUUCCCUACUUGGAUGGAGAAGGAAAAAUAAGGCACUUUAAUUCAAAUUUAUCACUUAAAAUUCCUUACCAUAAUCUUGGAGUAAGGUUAGUUGCAUCCACAAAUUCUCCCCACAGACAAGCUUCUCCACCAAUGACAAGUUUUUUCUGUUCUUGAGAACCUACAUUAAAAUCAUUGAAUGGCUGUAAAUGAAGUAGUUGCAGCUCCCACCUCUGACAGAGGCAAUUACUGGUCCCCUGGUCAGUUCAUGGUUUUGGCACAAAAAGAGGUAGCAAACUUAAUUCCCACAAUGCUUGUUAGCAUAUUUCUACAAAUUGGUAUCUUUAAUACUAGCACAUCGCUUUAUUUUGGUUUUGUGCAAGCUGCUUUGGGUUCAAGAACCAUUAUUCCCUUGGUUGCCUAAGAAGAGUGUGCCAGGAAUUCAAGUUGGAAUCCUAAUAAGUACUGCUCACUCCUGCCUUCAAUAUCUACCUCAUGGUACUAAAAAAGACUACCCAAUUGAUAUUACAUUAUGUCAAUUCCUAACAGACUUACAUACUGAUUUGAAACAUUUUUUUUUUUAACACUACCAUUCUUUUUCUUUAAGGAAAUUUUAAAAACUGGACAAAGUAGAAGUGUUCUUAGGAAGGGGGUGGUAGGACGAAUAGAGGGGUGGAGCUUUAGGCUCUCAGACCCCCUUCCUUAAGUAUACCUAAGACUACACAGCCUGAAAUACAGGGAACUAGACUACAGCCUUCCUUAAGUGUCUUAACAACUGGAAAGGCCAGUCAGUCAAAAGCAGAGAUACAAGGUUAAUGCGGACAAGCGUCUUUAAAAUGUAAGGUAACAAUGCUCGGCAGUGGAAACGGAGAUAAAGGAACCUACUUUUGAAGUUCUUUUAUUCAGGCAAGGAUAUGGUUUCUUUCACAAAUUUUAAGAUGUAUUGGGGGCCUUUUUUUUUUUUUCCAAGUAAACAAUAUCAGGACCAAACAUAAAAGAGCAGAUAGUGAGUAGGUAAUAUCUGGAUGAAAAUUUCCCAGUGGAAGAUUAAGGGAAGAAAACUAACAACCCAAGGUAAUGAUAAGUGCUUCACUCACCAUCAAAAUGAAGAGGGUCCACUUUAUAGUAAUUUCUCCAAUCUUGUCCAUAACUAAUCCAAUCUAAGUACCAAGGAGCAGAAAGGAUCACAGGGAAGCCAGCUGCUGUGACUUCACGUAGUUCCUCACUAUAUACUUGAUUUUUCCACACUUGAACAAUUGUACCUGGCAGAAGCUAUUAAAGUUAUAAGCAAUAUGUAUUGAUCAGGUCCAACAAUUACAGAUGAAAUUAAAAGUCCCAGCCCAUGUUGCUAGGAAAAUAACUUCCUAAGCUUCUGGAAAAACAUAAUACCAAACGUUACUGGCUAUAGGGCCUUAAAUUUAGAAGUUUCAUCAGUCUUGGGGCACCUGGGUGGCUCAGUUGGUUAAGCGUCCAACUCUUGGUUUUGGCUCAGGUCAUUAUUUCAUGGCUUCAUGAGUUCAAGCCCCAAGUCGGGCUCUGUGCUGUGUGUAGCCAGCUUAGGAUUCUCUCUCUGCCCUUCCCCUGUUCUUGUUCU